UGAAACAACAGAUUUAGCAGCUUUGGGAAUUUCAUAUACUCCAUUAUUUUAAAAAAAAGUUUCUGAAUUUAGGUUUAUCAAUUUGGGUGUUUCCAGAAAGACACAGAAAGGCACAAACUUCCAAGUUUUUUUUAAAUUUUUAUUUUUAUUGUUAUAAAAAAUUUUCUGCUCCAUUAGGGUUGAGGUGAAAGAUGCAAUUUUUUGUUGUUGUCAGUAAUAAUGUAGAAACAUGGCACAUGAGCAUCCACUGACCGGUGGACAUAUUCUUGGUUUGGUUGGUCUUUAUUGUUUUGAUCUGCUUGUUCUUCCCCUUCACAGUAGAUUUGAUUAAAUUAAUAUAUCUUCCCAUGCUUUGACUCAGAAGACCAGAUAUGGUGUCUAGAUUCUCUGUAUUGCAUUGCUGUUGCUCUCUAUCUCCUCUCUCCCUCUCUAUCUAGCUUAGCUUUGUCUGCCCCCAUUUCAAGAUCAGCUGGUGGAUCCACAUCCACAGCAGUAAAAAAAAGUAAAAAUAACAAGAUGAGUGAGGCUGUGGCUUCUGGUCUGCCACUUGAAGUGUCAGUUUCGUUUGGGAAGUUUGAGAGUGAUUCAUUGUCUUGGGAAAAAUGGUCAUCUUUUUCUCCAAACAAAUACUUGGAAGAAGUAGAGAAGUGUUCAACUCCGGGAUCUGUAGCUCAGAAGAAGGCUUACUUUGAAGCCCAUUACAAGAAGAUUGCUGCCCGGAAGGCCGACCAGUCGGAUCCGGAGAAGCAACUGGAUCCCUGCCGUUCAAGAUCUGAUGAAACUAACCAGGAAAGUGGAGUUCAAAUGGUGCCCGUUCUUGAAAAUGGCGUCUGCCCGUCCAGUGUCUAUAGAUCUGAAGCAGACAAUGUCUCCUUUGAUGAUGGAACUCCUCGGAUGAACCUUGGGAUAAGCAAUGGGCAUGAAACCGUGUUGGGUGAAGAAGAAGAAGUAGAAGAAGCCCCCCCUCAAGAGAAGCCUGAAGUAAGAAAUGAAGAUGGCAUUGUCUUGGAAGAAGAAGAAGAAGAAACUCCUCCUCACAAGAGCCCUGAAAUAAGAAAUGGUGAUGAAGUUCUCGCAGCUGAAGAAGAAGAAGAAGAAACUCCCCAAAAGAGCCCGGAAAUAAGAAAUGGAGAUGAAAUUGUUGCAGUUCAAGAAGAAGACGACGAAGAAACUCCUCUUAAAAAGAACCCAGAAAUAAGAAAUGGAAAUGAAGUUGUAGCAGUUCAAGAAGAAGAUGAAGAAGAAAGGACUCCUGAAAAGUUUCCAGAAAUAAGAAAUGGAGUUGAAGUUGUCACAGUUCAAGAAGAAGAAGAAGAAAAAACUCCUCAAGAGCAUCCUGAAAUAAGAAAUGGAGAUCGAAUGGUCUCUUUGGUAGAAGAAGAAACUACUCAAAGGAACCCCGUAGAGGUCGUAGAACUGAAGGUGCUCAAAGCAGACAACAAUAGCGGUAAGCUGAAAGGACAUAAGAAGCGCAAUGACCACAAGAUACAUCCAUCUAUGAAUGAUCCAAUGCCAAUUGGGACAAGGAAAACAUUGGCAUCGCCAGCUGUGAAAUCUUCUAGAGUUUCUGCUCCUAGAUUAUCGUCACCAGAACUAUCUUCUUCCAAGGUUUUGGGAAAGAAGCCAAGCGGGUCACCAUUGCAGAAGAUCAUCAAGAAUACUCCCCUGAGAGAAACCAAGAAAUCAUCUCCCAAGGUUGUCUCCCCUCAAUCUUCAACUAAGAUUCAGAACGGUUCCUCAUUGCUCAGGAGCAAGAUUUCUUCCCCCAUCACUGAUAAUAGGAGAGCAAAAAUGAGUUCUAUGCACAUGUCCCUCAGUUUGGGCCCCGCAGCGCCCACAUCAGAAGGUACACAGAGAAAAUCUGUUGUUUUGGAGACAGUCAAGGAAAAAUCUCAUUUUGCAAUGAGAGGGUCUUUGAUAAUGGAUAAAAUGGGGGACAAGGAGAUUGUAAAGAGAGCAUUCAAGAGCUUUAGGAACAGCUUUACCGAAGUGAAAUGUUCCGGUGAUGAGAGAUAUAAUGGAUCUGAACAGGUGACGCCUAAAAGGCCUGAGCAGAAGAUUUCACCAUCUAUGGCUCGCGGAGAAAAUGCGAGAUUUGGGAAGCUGGACGAAAAAGAUACUCCUCAGAAAGGCCAACCUGUAACAAAAUCAAAAUAUGUGCCAUCAAGGACGCCCAAAGAUGUAGGCGUGGAGAAGAAAAAGACGAUAUUGACCAAACCUUCAUUUGGCCUGCGCAACCGAAAGAUCAACGAAACGCUUGAGAAAGAGGGUAGCAAACCAAGGUCCAUCAGCCUGUCAAGCAGGUGAAAGUGAAGCCAAGAAACCAGAGAGCAAAUAGAAUCUUAUGAACAUACAAAAAAAACCAGCAAAGUUAUGACGUCACCCAUUCUUUCUGUGUACAAAUACCCACCCCCACCCCACCCCCCCAAUGUAUGAAUUAGUUCUGUGUCACUGUUCAUUUCCUUGCAAGCUGUUUGGUAACAAGGAUGGAUAACUAACUGAGAAAAUUACUGUGUUUUUAUGUGUAGUACUGACUAGUGGUAUUAUGAGUUGGAAAAAUAGAGGCCAUGGAAUAAAAUAAAGGUUAUUUU